UAAAUAUUUUAGGCAGUUUGUUUACACCGAGCGCCCAGUGGCACCCUCGCCCAGUGCCACCCUCGCCGCCUCCACCUGCUGGCACUCUCCCCUCGCCUGUGCCACGAUGAUGAGCCAGCCGCGUUCAGGGAGGAUGGAUCAGGUGCUCUGGCUGUGAUGCGUGGAGGGUGGGCGAGGGCAACCAGGGUCGUAGGUGUUGUAGUCGUGCUAAGUGUAGCAUGGCUCCAACUCGCGCUCCCUCCUUUACCUCAUGACCCUCAGGCUGCUCUUGGGGGUGGUGCUCGUGAAACCCCAGAGCUUGACCCAGCAAUCAUCAUCCACCACAGCCCUGCUUCAAAGUUCCUACAGGCCAAAGAAAAAUCUUCAAGCUCCACAGAGGGGUCGAAACUUACAGCAGAACAGAUUCAGGAGAUUCGUGAGCAAAUUCAACUUCGCAGUGGGAAUGAGACAGUCUUGAAUGAGGAAUUAUUUGGUCCUGUUCAACCUGAUACUAUUGUCAUAGCAGUCCAGGUACACAAUCGGUUAGAGUACUUAAGACAUUUAAUUGUGUCUUUAGCACAAGCAAGAGACAUAGACUCUGUAUUGCUUAUAUUUUCCCAUGAUAAUUUUGAUGAAGACAUCAACCAGCUAGUCACAACCAUUGACUUUUGUAAGGUGAUGCAGAUCUUCUAUCCACACUCUUUGCAGACCCAUCCCGACAGCUUCCCUGGAGAGUCUCCUGGUGACUGCCCAAGAAACACGAAGCCAGAAGAAGCUGCAAAACUUAACUGCUUAGGUAGCCCAGACCUCUACAACCACUACCGAGAAGCUCGGUUCACGCAAACUAAACAUCAUUGGUGGUGGAAAGCAAACAAAAUAUUUGAUGAUGUGUGGGUCCUGAGAAACCACACAGGGUUGGUGCUCUUCCUGGAAGAGGACCAUUAUGUGGCUGAGGACUUUCUGCACAUGCUUAGACUCCUCUCAGCAGCCAUCCCUCGAGCCUGUCCCAAGUGUUCACUCAUAACAUUGGGGAACUAUUUGAAAAAUUAUAAUUUCCAGAUAGAUGGAAGAAAGGUGGAGGUUACUCAGUGGGUUUCUUCAAAGCACAACAUGGGUUUUGCUUUUAAUCACAGUGUGUGGCAACAGAUAAAGGCAUGUAGCUCUCAGUUUUGUGAUCAUGAUGACUACAACUGGGACUGGUCACUACUUCAUGUGAGCUCCACCUGCCUUUCACAGAAAUUGCACACACUUGUCCUCCGCGCCCCAAGGGUCUUCCACAUUGGAGAGUG